UGUUGCUGUGAGUAAGUGGACGGUAAUAGAAAGAGAAGAUAAACGGAAAGAAAACUUAACCUAGCCCUGAUAUGAAGAAGAUUAGGAACAAAAAUUUUAAAUUAAUUAUUUAAUUAAUAUUUUUUAGUUUAUUCUUGCAUUAUUAAAUUCCCUCAAUUCUGUCAGCAGCAUAAUUCUUAACUUGGCAACGUGGAGUUUAGUACUUAUUUUUGCAAUAUUAGAGAUUGUAAUAUUUACUUGGAUGUGGCAUUAUAACGAUAAAAUAUUUCAAAAUCAAUUAUUUUUUAAACAUAGUCUUACUGAGAGAUAUCAGGUUAACAGAAAAAAUAAAAAAAUAUUAUCAAAUGAAAUAAAGAAAACCCCUUCAAGUACAAAAGAUAUACAGUAUAAUCUGUAUUAA